AUGUAUUUCCCUCGGAAUCAUCGCUAUCACAAAGUACUUUUGUACUUGAUGGCUGUCGAGCUGCCGUUUACCAUUGUUAUCCUUACACUCACUGGAAUCGCUUCUCACAAUCUAUACCGGACGAAACUGUGGCAGGAUGGCGCAGACAACGGCUUCAACAGUUCCCCCGAUGAGCAGUUGUAUGCGGCUGCCAAUUAUCGGCCUUAUAAGGUGCCUACGGUCUGGAGCGAAUUCAUCACGGAUUACAACCUAGUACUUGGUGUUUUAAGCACGUUUUUCUUGAUCACCAAAGUCCCUAUACACUUCCUUCGACUGUUUUAUCCGCCCUUGUCGGUUAUUGUCCACGGGGGUCUUGUUGCAGUAUACAUCGCCUCAGCUCGGUACCAAGCCGGCCCUGAUAUGUCGGAUCCCGCGCACCCGCAGCCCGGUGCGCCGUGGUACAUCACGAAGAAGUGCACCGUCGCUGCGAAUAAGGACAACAUCAAUUACUGUCGCCAGUCGAAGGCCCUGUUUGCGUUCACAAUAAUAAUCAUCGUCCUCUAUUUUGUCGAGUUCGUUCUGAGUAUCCAUUCCUGCGUUCUGACUCCGGAGGAGCGCGCGGAACGAUUAGAAAAGGCGGAAGAGAAGAGAACCUGGAAGGAAUAUGAAGAAGCUGUUCUCAAGUCUCCCGCAAUGAUUCCGAUGAGCCCAGCUUAUCCACAGGGCAUGCCUGCUAUGACACCCCGUAGCCUUGCCUUCAACCGAUUAGGAGGAGACAAUUCAUCCGACCUACCUCUUCGGGAAUAUCUCGGCGGCUCAAAUCCCCGCCACUCGAUGCAGCAGGAGUCGUCGGCGGAGACUCUCGCAUCAGGGCAAUACGCCCAGACUGGGGCAACGGCCCAGUCUCAGCCUCAGAUGUAUUUCCCUCCGCCUCCCAAGAAGGCCGCCAAAACGUGA